AUGGAUUUUAGAGACCCAACGCACAAGACUCCGGACGGAGGUAUCGAGGUCCCCACUGUGGCUGCCGCUGCCGAUCGACAGGCCGCACCACCCAUCACCCACAGCGAGCUCGCUCACAGCCAGCCCAGCUCUGCCGAGGAAAAGUCGGGUAGCUACGGAAUCGACCUAGAGCCCGGCACUGGACGUCUGGCAGGUUCACCCCACUCCAAUGCCUCUGCCGAGAAGCAUGGCGACGUAGACAGUGCCAAUGGGCACAUGGCUCCCGCCUCUCUUCGCAGGGUUCGCAUCGAGGACGAGGAGGAAGAUGGCCACCGCAACUCGGUCUUUGCCAAGAUUGCUGAUAUGUCGCACAGCAGGUAUGCUGUUUGGGCGCGCGACUUUCUCUUGAUCGCCGUCAUCUUGGCCUGGUUGAUCGUCUCCCAGAUCAACGAUAGGCCCGUGGUGCACCACCGCCGUAUCCCUGCUGCCCUCAUCUCCGUCUUCUUCAUCUGCUUUAUCCUCUUCCACAAGUCCCGCUACCUCCCCCAGCGACCCAUCAUCCGUGUCGUAUCCAUGGUCUGGGGUACGGCUGUAGAGAAGCCCUUUAACAUGCUGCCCUACUAUGGAAAGCUCGCCCUCGGCUGGAUCUGCCUCGCUGCGCUCAUCUUCGGAAGUGCUUACGGCUUGCCAGAGAACCCAGCGUCCAACUACAAGCAGAGGACCAUCAGUAUCGCUGGUCUGGCGCUCAUCUACAUUUUCCUCUUCUGCCUCAGCAAGAACCCCAAGGCUGUCAAGGCCCGAACGACCAUUGUGGGCAUUGGACUUCAGUUCAUCAUUGCUCUCUUUGUGUUCCGAACGGGCGCUGGUCUGGCCAUCUUUACGUGGUUCGCGACUGCCGCGGCCGAUUUGCUCACCCAGGCUCAGGCUCCCGAGGGCAAGUACGCCGCAGACGUCGGAGGUGGUGCCGAAUUCUUCUGGCGAGACUUUACUUCAAACGGCUACUUCUUCAUCAACACCCUCUCCUCCAUCAUCUUCUUUGUUGCCCUCGCCACUGCGCUCUUCUGGCUCGGUGUCCUGUCUUGGGCCAUUCAAAAGGUGGCUUGGCUGGCCAGGAGCCUCCUGUCCGUAUCCGGAGCUGAGGCCAUCGUCGCCGUCGCUUCGCCCUUUAUCGGUCAGGGAGAGAAUGCAGUGCUCGUUCGUCCCUACAUCAAGACGAUGACCAGGAGUGAGAUUCACCAGGUGCUCACCUCUGGAAUGUCCACCAUCUCCGGUAGUACCUUUAUCGGGUACGUCGCCUUGGGAGUUUCCGGAAAGGACCUGAUCACCUCCAGUGUCAUGUCAAUCCCUGCCGCCAUUGCUGCUUCCAAGGUCCUCUACCCCGAGACCGAGGAGCCCGAGACCAUGGGUGGCAUUCAGAUCAACCGAGAGGAAGACGACGAAGACAGGCCCGUCAACUUCUGGCAAGCCCUGUCCAACGGAGCCAGCUUCGGAGUCACCGUCGCCUGGUUGAUCUUUGGUAACGUCCUCGUCCUGGUAUCGUUCAUCUCGACCGUAAACGGGAUAUUGGCGUGGAUUGGAAACGCAAUUUACAUCGACGACAACAACGGACCUCUCACUCUCCAGCUGAUUCUGGGUUAUCUGCUUUACCCCUUCACUUUCAUGCUGGGUGUGCCCGGAGAGGACACUCUAGCAGUCAGCAAGCUCAUCGCCGUAAAGACAAUUGCCAACGAGUACGUUGCCUACACCGACCUCGAGAGCACCGUGAGGGCAACUUUGACCCCCAGAGGAUACCUCAUCUCCAAGUAUCUGCUUUGUUCCUUUGCCAAUUUGGCCAGCCAGGCCAUCAAUAUCGGUAUCUUGUCUGCCAUGGCUCCUGGCAGGAAGAAGGACAUCGUCAGGUUGACACCCUCGGCUCUCAUGACCGCCAUCCUGGUCACUAGCUCCUCGGCCGCCAUUGCAGGUAUCGUGUCCGAUGGAUCCGACAACUAA